AAGUAAAACGCAAACUUGCAAACGAUAGGGAGUCAUUAUCAUUUUAUCAUUGUGUAGUAAAUAAUACCUAAGUUUGUAUAAAUAUUACGUGUAUAAAUGAAGCGCCGCCGAUAAAUCAGUGUGAUGUGUUUUUAUUAAAUAUAAGUAAAAGAAUAACAAAACUUUGUACGAUUACCAUACAUAGACUUAAAAGUUACCUGCUUGCCUGUGUGUUUUUUCAUUAUUAUUAAGUUCUUCAGCUAUUUUUGCUUAUUUGAAUUUUAGUAGUUGUUCAUCGCGAACACCAUAACAUCGUUUUCAAUGUUAAUAUGUGAAUAGUCGGUCGCAGAAAAUUUCAUUUUUAUUGUGUUUUUUUCUUCUUCGUUUCAUUUUGUGCUAUAAACAGCACUUAACGUCUAUUUUCGGUGUGAUUUUUGUUAGCAUUUUUAAUUAUUUAAUUGAAAGUUUAUUUCGCGUCGAUCACUACUUGAACAAACUGUACGCUACGCAGUAUAUAUUGGUUGUAUUACCCGAUAUCGACUUAUAUGGUUGAAAUGAAUAUAAACGGUGGACAUUGCUUGGGAAUGGAAAUUUUCAAAAGCUCCGACAUAAACAAAUAAAAAAAAAAUCAUAAAAACUUGUGGUGUUACAACUGUGCGGUGGAAUAAUUUAAUGUUCGUUGCGAAUUUAAUGAAUAAUUUAUCAAUACAGUCGUAGUGUCGACAUUCGGAAAUUGGAAUUUGCCCGAAAAGAGAAAGAAACGCUUUCAUUUUAUUGGAUACGCUGAGUUGAAGAAGAAUAAUAUGGCAGCCACCGAAAAGGACAGCGAAACGGGAGAGUGCGUUUCGACUGAAUCCGAUGACGCCAGCGACUCCUCUAUGGAAUAUGACAACGAAACCGGCGAAUUCGAUGCAACGAUAACGAGCCUACGGUUAAGAAAGACGGCCAAAUUUUCGAUUCCAAAAAAUUUGAUCGCCCCACAAGAUGACCCACGGAAAUGCUGUUGCAUCGAUCCGAACGACACAUUCACACUAACGAAAAAGGAAGAUGUUAUCACAUUGCAAGAGGAAAUAAUUCUCGGCUGCAAUAAGACGAGCCACCGAUUGUUCUUGAUCGUUGCGUCGAUGUUCUUUUUCACCAGAAUUUGUGCGGUUUUGGCGGUGCUCAUUGAAUUGUCGAUGCAUUGCUGGGCACACAAGAAAAAUAGCCGCAAUUCCAAUCCAAACAUUUACUAUCGAAGUCCGUUGCACGUAUUCACGUCGCAGUUUUGCAUUGUUUGCCGGCACGAAACGUCGAUGGACCAGGUGAUUAAGUUGCAAGAUCAACGGAGCAGACAUUGGCGAUUGAAUUUGAAAAAUGUGGCAAAAAAUAUUUAUUGAGACUUAUUGGUGUGAAGGGAGUUAUCACAGAUGCUAGUACGUUAAUAAAUGCAAUUUUGUAUUUACAUAAUAGAGUACAUGAUAGACAUAUACACAUGCGUUGUACCAGUUUAUAAA